CCGUAUUCGGCGUCGGCGUCGUCGACAUUGAACAUGGCCAAGGUCACGAAGCUGCUGUCUCACAACGCUAUGAAGUGUAAACAAAGUUGUGGCAAGGCACCAUGUUUUCCCUGUUCUCACAUGCUUUCCCCGCAAUGACGAUAUCCCAUGACGGCUUUACACGUUUGUUACUGCCUGCCAGCUGCCAGCUACUCGUACUCGCAUUGAAUCCUCUCACUAUAGCAAUCACUUCUCUACCCUGUCUUCUCAACUAAUUCUACUUUCUCACCCACCGUAACUCCAUCUCAUCCGGUCAUUCCUGCAGUCACCAUGUCGUCCUGCCUCGGAUUCCGCAAGUCAAAGUCCGACGAUACGGAACCCUUGCUACCUCAGUACCGUGAUGACACGAUCCUCCAGCGUGAGCUUCACCAGAAGCUACACUCGUAUCAGAUGAUUAGAGCCCUUGCCGAUGGAUACAUGCCCUCCAAUGAACAGCUGAUUAUCAAUCUCCGAUCCUUGCUCUCAUCUGAUAUUUUGAAUCCCAACGACCCAAACCUCAGCGAUUCAGGAAGGCGCCUGGCCAAAUUCUCAAAGCAGUGGCUCAAGGACUUUAUCGAAUUGCUCGUACACAAGAACGGCGAGGACCAGAUUCAGGACUUCAUCUGGUCAUUGACCCAAUCAAGAGUCCGUGUUGACGUGCAGGACCUGGCCCACAGAGCUUCCAAGGCGCAAUCCAAAGCUAAGACUGCUGCUGCUUACAACAGUCUGCAGACUGUCGGUUCCCUCCUUCUCACAAACUCCGAUUUCCGUAUUUUCCUUUCAGAUCUGAACACUGUCGGUCGUGAGGUCUUCAAGGAUGCUGCCUUCUCCCUGUCCAACGUUGCAGAGGAAGCAGGCAAGAAGAUUGAGCCAUCUCAAGAAGAGCAGGACAAGCUGACCAAGGUUGGUGCCGACUCUGGACCUCCACCUUCGGGCAAGGAUAUAGGAAACGACGUCGCAGACAUCUCCAAGGUUGUGGCGAAUGGAGCUGCUCAAGUCAUACAAGAUGCCGAGCAAAGCGCCGAGGAGAAACUCUCUGGUGAUGAAGGUCAGGUCAUGAUGAACCGUCUGAAGCAGGCAGUCACAAAGCUCAGAAAGCGUCCUGAUUACAACGAGUCUGUAUCGACUAUCGCCGAGCUGCUCAAGCGCUACGCCAUUGCUUACUCACGUUCUGUUGAGGAGACUGUCAAUGCUCUUGAAGAGGACGUCCACGAGAACGCCGAGAUGGACAAGGCUGGAAAGAACUUCUGGUCCUUGCUCUCGUCCUUUGGUGAUAGUGAGGAGUGGAAGAAGCUGGAACAAACGUUCAAGAAGGUUGUGUCGCACUCUGAGAAGGAUCCCGAAUUUGAGAACCUCAUGGUGGACAUUGGCAACUCGCUCCAGACUCUUCUUACUGAUCCAAACUUCUUCGACACUGCUCGUGAGAAGUUCGACGAAUUGCGUGAGAAAUCUCGCAAGGUUGGUUCAGAAUCUGACCUCCGCACUGACAUCGACAACUUCCUCGGACAGCUCCAAGUCACUCUGGUUUCCGUCUUGAACGAUGAAGACGUGACCAAGCUCAUGCAGCACAGUCUUCAGAUCUUCCGCAUUUUGUCGCCUCUUCACAAUGCCACUAACCCGGAGCUCAUCACUGAUGCCAUCAACAUCUUCAUUCCUCUACUGAUCGCCGCUGUUCAGUAUGUUCCUAUUCCUCGUCUGGAGAUCAGCACUCCCGACAUCGAUCUUUUGCUCGAAAAUCUCAUCAUUGAGCCUGGAAAGACAGUCAAUCACACCUCAUUCCUGCCUUACAAGCUUCGUGUCGAGACAUACAACGACUUUGAGAUCCGCAAGGCCAGAUUCCGUACUACUUCUACGUCAUCUCAUAUGGUUACUAUCAAGAUCGAUGGUAUCUCAGCUCGUGCCGAGGAGGUCGGUUUCUGGAUGCGUGCCCACUCUGGACUGUUCAGACUAGCUGACGAGGGCAUCACAUCUUUCGCACUUGAUGAGAAGGGUCUGGACAUUCAUCUGGACGUUGAGAUUGCAAAGGACAGAAUGGAGUCGAUGCUGAGUCUAAAGGCCGUUCGUGUCAAUGUACACAAGCUCGACUACACCCUGCGCAAGAGCAAGUUCUCCUGGCUUGCUUGGCUCAUUAAGCCUGUCUUGAGACCUAUUGUACGCAAGGUCAUGGAGAAGCAAAUUGCCACCGCCAUCGCAGAUGCUUUGCAUUCAGCCAACCGCGAGCUGUUGUACGCACGUGAGCGUCUUCGUGCCACCCGUGUUGCCGAUCCCAACGACCUUAUCACAUUUUUCAAGGCCGUUGCUGCCCGCCUUACGCCCGAGGAAGACCCAGACCUCUACACUCGCGUUGGUGUCGCUCAGCCUGGCAAGGGCGUCUUCAAGGGCAAGUAUGCACCCGGCAGUGUGGUCAAGCUUUGGAACGAAGAGGCCAUGGCCGCCGAGGAAAGAAUCGAGGAUGGCUCCGAGAUCAGAGGCUGGAGAAACGACGUCUUCAGCUUGUUGGCUGUGUAAGGAGGUAUCACACGACACUGAUGAGUUACGACGGACAUGCUUUUCGGAUAGGAGACGGAGGAAGUCUGCACGAAAGCACGAAAAUGAGGAUCAACAGGACGCAAUGUAUUAUAAUUCAAGGCGCAUACUUUACUUCGUAGCGAAGUCAAUUGUCACAAUGUUUUUUCUAUGCUCGAC